AUGCAGCCAGAUAUCAACUUGCCGCUGGAUGAGGAAAUUUUCGUCCCUGAAUCCCUCUUGGCAGCAGCCACCUCAAGCGGACCUUGGUCACAGAGACCGCACCGAGACAUCCCCCGUCCACUUCGAAGUGGUGUGCCUUCGGAUGAAGUUCAUUGUGUGGUGGUGGAGACCCCAGAAGGUCCUCACGCGGUCCCUCAUUCAGCGCCAGCGGGCUUCAGCGAUGAUCCUAUCCCCAUUGCGGAGCUUCCCGGCUCAUCGGUUCCUCCGCACAAAGCGCGCACAGCUCGGCAAUCACUGGACAGCAGCAGCAUCCUGAACAAGUUCACCGUCUUGUCCCCUGCCCCACUUCGCCAGACAAUCAGCACUUCAGUCGAGAGAGCCCGGGAGAGCAGUCUCUGGACGCUAUAUGACAAAGCCAACCUCGUUCAGAUCAAACACCAACGAAGAUAUUGGGUUCAAGUGCUGAUCGAAUAUGGAGCAUAUACAACCUUGCUUCUGUUCGUCUACUUCGUGCUCGUGGGAGAGCCACUGUGGGGGGGCACCAUCUAUUGGUUAUACUGGUUGAUGCGAAACAAAUUCGUUUUCCAAGGCGGAUGGGCCAUUGUCAUCAGCUUGGUCAUCUUCUACUCAUUCGCACCACUUUUGACACUCUUCGAGAAAGAUCAUCCCGACACAGAAUACUACCAGGAUCGCCACAUUCACCCGACUGCUCCGGAUACAGCGCUCUUGAUUCCCUGCUACCGAUCCGCACCCGUCAUUGGUCAGACCCUGGAGGCUGCGCUGAAGAUCUUCCCUGCAUCUCACAUCUAUGUCGUGGCAAAUGGCGAUUCAACAAACCCUUUAGACAACACGGAAGAGAUCUGUCGCCGCUAUGGAGUCAACCACAUCUGGUGCCCGGUCGGCUCCAAGAUCAUCGCCCUGUUUGUCGGCUGCUAUGCGGCCAAAUGCUUUCGUUAUGUUCUCCUGACGGAUGAUGAUUGUGUCCUCCCCGCGAACUUUCCCGUUGCCAUCUCUCGCCUGACGGAUAAUGUGCGUUGUCUGGGCUACACGAUCAAGGUGGUAGGACCUGGGUCUAGCAAAGGCACGUACUGCCAACAAGCUCAGGAUCUGGAAUAUAAGCUGGCUGGAUUGCAGCGCACCUUUGCAGGCCGCGUCGGCAGCGCCACCUUUCCACACGGAGCCAUUUCCCUCUGGGAGCGGUCCUUUCUCAAGGAUACGCUUCAAGAUCAUCCGGGCUUCUCGAUCAGUGAGGAUUGGUUUCUGGGAAACAGCUGCCGACGUCUAGGCGGGCGCAUCAAGAUGUGCAGCAUGAUCUUCGUCGAGACUGCUGCCCCACCUGCCUUUCUGUGGGUGGACAAGGAUCAGAGCCGAGGGGGCUUUGGCGAGAUGACUGUCUUCAAGCAACGAUUCCUACGAUGGAACUUCUUCCUGGUUAAUGGCAUGCGACAUAACUUGGCAUACAUCUUCGGCUCCUGGAAGCUGGGGCGGUGGGAACUUGGUGCGAAGAUCUUCGUAAUGCAAGAGGUAUACGAAACCGUCUUGAGCAUUAUGGCUCCCUUCAUCCUACCCAUCUCCUUGAUUGUGCGGCCGUCGUUCUGCAUUGGUCUGGUAAUGGCGACAUUGGGAUUGUACCUGCUGAACGCCGUGCUCUUCAAUGAGAUUCACCUGCGACUUAAAAAUGAACGAGUGAGCUGGAAGGUCAUCGUUGGGUAUUAUAUGCCGUUCAAGAUGCUCAUCGCCGGCAUCAACGUGAUCAGCUGUUACUGGAGUCUGAUCAAAUAUGCCAAGUAUUUUGCGCAGCGGCGACCGAAGCUCAUCGAGGACCACAAGGCGGUUGGGAUAGUGUUGAAGCUGGAAGAGCUCCGACAGCAUCAGCAGGGUGGGCUUGGUCGCAGCAUGACUGUGCGCACGGUCGGAGUGCGUAGCCGCGCAAGUAGUGCUGGAUGA